GAUACUCAAGAUCGAUCUUUAGAAUACAUGCUAAGUUGUUGUUUAAGAUUAUUAGAUUCAGGUCUCAGCCACCAAUUGCACUGUGUUUGACCGCCAAAUUAAACAACAAUUGCAUGUGUACCGCCUUGAGAAGACAUUCGUUGGUGGGAAGCCGGUGUACGUGAAUGCGUCACAUCCUACCAUCCAUCCAGCAACCAAGACGUCUGCAGCGCCACACAUUUUCACUGCACGCUAACAUGAAAGCCACGACAUUCGCUUUGCUUUUCCUGCGGCUUUCUGCCUCCAUGUUUUUGGAAGCCGAAGCGGCAAGGAGCCGUACAGGCAGUAGCCAGAACAGCUUCCGACGGGCGGCGAACGGCGUCUACCAGACCCUCAGCAGCGUGUUCGGCGAGGACAGCAUCCGAGGCCUGUACAAGUUUUUCUCCAAAGCGACAGAGCGCUUUGUUCAUGGAGUGGAUUCCUUUCUUGACACCGUCUGGAAGAUCUGGUCUGAUCUCCUGGAUGUGAUGGGCAUUGACUCGUCCAACCUCAGCCACUACUUCAGUCCAGCGUCCCUGAGCAGCUCGCCUACACGCGCCCUCCUCCUGGUGGCCGGCGUCCUGGUGGCCUUCUGGUUCCUCUCAAUGUUCCUGGGCGGCGUCUUCUACCUGCUGCACGCCGUCUUCGGCCGCUUCUUCUGGCUGGCGCGCGUGGUCCUCCUGGCCCUGUCCUGCCUCUAUGUCCUGCAGAAGUUUGAGGGCGACCCUGAGCGCGCCGUGCUGCCGCUGUGCGUCGUCAUGGCGUUUUACUUCAUGACGGGGCCCGUGGGCGUGUACUGGCAGCGGGGUGGCGGAAGCUCGCUGGAGGAGAAGGUGGACCAGCUGGACACGCAGAUCAGGCUGCUGAACAUCCGGCUGAGUCGGGUCAUAGACGGCCUGGAGUGCACGGAGUAGAAUAGAAGCGCUGGAGACAACAGCUCUGUAAUCGCGUUUUUAUUUUCUACCUGCUUGAAUCUGAAAUGUGAAGAAAUCAUUAAGACAACUUUACAAUGCCUCCAGCAUUUUUUUGAAAGACAAGCUCACACGCUGGGCUAUAAAGUGGCAUAUUUUGCGUUUUUAAUAUUAUAACUUUUACGCUCUGAGAUUUACUAUACAGUGUGUAUGACACUGGGGCCAAUAAGUACAGUGAUAGUACCUUUUUAUGUUGUAUUUCCUGUAUCUUGUUAGUGACUUCCUGUAUGGGCUUAAAUAUUGGGACACCACCAACAGGAAGUUGGAGGAUAAUGUGGAAUUUGCAGCUUCCCCUCAUUUGAAUGACUGAUUUAAAAGGGUAUUUCUUCAAGUCCUUAGUCCGCAUGCAUCACCUCACCCCGCUCACCACUUAGAACAUGCGCAUUUCCAGUUAUAAUUCACUUUUCCAUCAGUGUCCUGCCAUCAGCCCUUUUAGAACAUAAAGUAGUUCUUUUAAAGGUUGCUUUUAAUGCCCAUUGAAUAUGUAGACUGCACAAUUCUGUAUUGCAUUCCUUUUUCAACUAACAUUCAGGACUGUUUGUAUAUUGACCACUACAACCACCUAAAUCUCAACAUGGUCAUGUGACAUUAUGUCCAUGUGGUACAUUUGAACUAUUGGAUAUAAGUCCGAUUCUGAUAAAUAAUGGUUUGAGUUAAAAGUCCCUGCAGUUAGUCAUAAGCGAGAUGGGGUCAUGCAUUUUUAGUCUGCAGUUUAUUGCACUAUUUACUAGGGGUAGAACGGUACAUGUAUUUCAGGGGUGUCCUGCAUUUCUGAGGGCUUUAAUUGCUAAAUGAGGAACUCUCCUUAAAGAAUAAAUAAAGUACUAUCUAAAUACUAUGAAAAUUAUUUAAAUAAAAAAGUUGUCUGACAGAAAAGGCAUAAAUCCUUGUUUGUUUUACUUUAUAUCAACCUUAAGUUGAUAUAGAGAUUUACUGUAAGCAUUAAAUAAAAAAUUGACUUAAUAUUUUAGUGACUGAGACACUAUGCUCCCCAGGAGCCUUAAGGAUAAAAAAAAAAAAAAAAAAAAAUCCAUAUUUUAAGGUUUUAAAAUGAAAAAUAUCAAAAUGGCCCCCGCAUACUUGAAUUUUUCCGUGUGCGGCAAUAUGUGGAAAAAUUUUGGACACCCCUGGUGUAUUUGUAUUGAACAGUUUCGGUACGGAGGUUUCGGUUCGGCGGUAUACCGAACGAGUUUCCACACGGAAAUAUUAAGUAGCGUACAGCACGUUGUAUAAACAACGCACACCGAGGCACAACAAGGCAUGCUAGCAGCGACCGGGCUAUGAUAGACUGACCAUACGUCCUCUUUUCACCGACAUGUCUUUUGCGGGGCUGUACGGGUGGAGUUUCUUAAAUGCCUCGACCGUCCGGCAUUUCAAGUUUGGGUUGCGUGUAUUUUCAAUGUACGUUCAGGGUUAAAAAAAAACUAAUUGUGCACGUAGCAGCAUGCGUGAGGGAGGGGCAGAGACAAAGAGAGCGAGAGAGUUAUAAACGUGCAUGUGUCACCAGGCUCUGCUUUUUACCCAUAGAUUUAUCAGAUUUUAUUUUUUAUUAUUUAUAGCGGGGGUGUCAAAGUGUGCCCCAGAAGCCAUUUGCAGUCCACUGCUAAUGUUUUAAAAAGGCCCGCGACACGUUCUAAAAAUACUAUUAAAAUAAAAGUGAACUAAAACCCUAAAGGCUAAAUGUAAUUUAGAUAAAGUUGCAAUAUUGACUAACAAAGCUGUUUUUUUUUUUUCUUUCUGUCAUUGCUCAUACCAUAAUAUUGAAUCAGAAUCAAUGUUAUGAAUUGACCUAUACAAAGUUCCCAUUACUUCACAUCAAAUAUUCCACUAAGAAAAGUUUUUGGAAGAUUUUCCAAAUUUGGUAAAUUACCCCAAAAAUGUAUAUUUUAUUUUACUGUACCGAAAAUUAACCAAACCGUGAUCUCUGAACCGAAGUACAGUUAUGAUCAAAUUUAUUCAACCCCCACACAAUUUUGGCGUUUUAGUAAGUUGGACAUUUAUUCCGUAUUUUGGUUAUAGUCAUAUCAAAUAAAGAUGUGUCAGACAAAUGCAACUUAAAUUGUAACUAUUUUACUAAAUACCAAAAAAGGAUAUUUCUCUUAAAAUCUCAUUGACACAAUUAUUCAACCCCUUGAAGAUCAUAACUCAACAGAAUUUGAAUAAGGUAUUUUCAAUCAGGUGUUGAAAACACCUGUAGAUGUGAUUAGAACGAUAAUUAAACUGAUUAAAACAGACUGACGUCCAGCUUCUUGUAGAUAGUCAACAGAAUAUUUGCAACAUGGUGAAGUCCAAGGAGUGGUCAAAGAUGUCAAGAGGAGAGGUAAUUUCUCUUCAUAAGAAAGGAUAUGGAUAUAAGAAAAUAGCAAAGACAUACAUUCCAAGAGACACAGUUGGGAGCAUAAUUCACAAGUUUAAAGUUAAGGCACAGUGGAAACACUACCUGGGCGUGGUAGAAAGAGGAUGCUGUGUGCGUACAGUGGUGAAAAACCCCCGGGUAACAGCUGAGGAACUACAACAGGACAUAGCAGAGGGGGAACCGCAGGUUUCAUCCCAGACAAUAAGGCGCGCACUAUGAGAUGAAAGCCUCCAUGCCAGAACUCCCAGACACACCCCACUUCUGACUACCAGGCACAAGGGGAAAAAAAAGAUUGCAGUAUGCCAAAAAUCAUCUGGACAAACCCCAAAGGUUUUGGGAAACUGUUCUAUGGAGUGAUGAGACAAAAGUGGAACUCUUUGGGCCUAUGAAUCAACGUUAUGUCUGGAGGAGAAAAAAUGAAGCUUACAAAGAGAAGAACCCCUUUCCUACUGUUAAGCAUGGUGGGGGGUCAAUCAUGCUCUGGGGCUGUUUCUCUGCCUCAGGUACCGGGAAUCUCCAGCGCAUUCAAGGCAUUAUGAAUUGUAUUUCCUACCAGGAUAUAUUAGCUGCAAAUGUCAUGAAGUCAGUGACGAAGCUGAGGCUUGGGAGACGUUGGACCCUCCAACAGGACGACAAUCCCAAGCAUACCUCCAAAUCAACAGAGUGGUUGCAGAAGGGCUGGAAGACUCUGGAGUGGCCUUCACAGUCGCCAGACCUAAAUCCUAUAGAAAACCUGUGGUGGGACUUGAAGAAGGCAGUUGCAGCACGCAAGCCCAAGAAUAUGAAUGAACUGGAGGCCUUUGCCCAAGAGGAAUGGGCUAAAAUACCUGUAGAUCGUUGCAAGAAGCUUGUGUCCGAUUAUGUAUCACGUUUGAAGGAUGUAAUUACUGCCAAAGGGUGUUCUACUAAGUAACUAAAGAUGCAUGUAACUAGGGGGUUGAAUAAUUUUGUCAAUGAGAUAUUAAGAAAAAUGUCCUUUUUUGGUACUUUGUAAAAAUACAGUGUUACAAUUUAAGUUGCAUUUGUCUAUUUGACAUGACUAUAAACAAAAUACAGAAUAAAUGUCCAACUUGCUAAAACACCAAAAUUGUGUGGGGGUUGAAUAAUUUUGAUCACAACUACCUACUGAACCGAAAAUUUUUGUACACCCCUAUUUACUCAACUAUAGUCAAUACAUCUUGCUCUGAUGCGGGAUCUGAGCAGAGAAUGUCGUUGUGGCUUGUGCAGCCACGACUUUGAGACACUCUUGAUUUAGGGCUAUAGAAGUAAGCAUUGUUGCAUUAGCCUUUUUGAACCGUUCAAAAAGUCCUCAAUGGGGAAGAAGGCAGUUCCUGUUAAAGCUGGAAGUUCUGUUGCGGCUGCAUGUUUUAGUACUCUGACGACUGCAUGUGUUUUGUUUAUGUAUUUAUAUAAAGUGGUUUUAAAAGUGUGUUUGUUGAAACAGGUCAUUCAAAGUGUUACAUUGUUAAAUCAAGUUUAGAAAAGAUUAUGGAUUUUAAAGUGGCAUUUAUUCCAUUUUACACUGGAUUUGAGUUUGUCUUAAGUCUUCAACACUGAAGCGCCACUGAAUAUAAUGGCAACUUGCUGGAAAACCUACCCAAUUAUUCUAUUCACAAAUACUCCUGUUAUUUAAUUUUCUGCUUUUUUCUGUGCCAACUUGAAACUUGUUUUUUCUAUCAGUUAAAUAUACUUUUUUUUUUUUUAGAAUAGGCCAUGUGAAAUGUUGAAAAACUGAUGUCUUUUUAUGCAAACAUGUUGGUAGCCAAUCAGUUUCUGUUUUGUGUAUGAAAACUGUUUAAAUAAAAUAAACUGACUCCAAUAGGA